GAGAUACCAACGCUAUCCUCCACGAGAUCUAAGCUUGGAGAUUCAUGGAUUCCCCUUUUCGAGGAACAAAUACGAUUCCAAAAGGAGCAUUUCAUCACUGCCAUGAAGAACCUCAUAAGGCAUCCGAACAUAAAUUCCACUGUCAUCCUAAGAGCAGACAUAAUAAGCGAACGGCUAUACGAUCUGUCGAACAAUAAAGCCAAUGAAGCUGCAAGUGAUGAUGACGAUGUCAUACCGAACAAACCUGAUAUUCCGCGGGGAUGUGAUGGUGAAGUUGUGCUUGAGAAGAACCUCGACGACGUUUCUCUAAAGAGCGUUCCUCUCGACGGACAGUGGGCUCCCACAGUAGAAAUCGUUAGAAGGAUUAUCCCAAGAAACCCGUUCAAGGAUUGCAUAAUCAACCAAACAUGUCUGAUGCUGUCUUUGGAGGACUCAGUGCUCGUUGUGUAUAGACCUCACAUCGAUUCCGUGGAAGACUGUCCCUUCUAUCUACCAAGUGUCCAGGCUGUAGGUAUACUGUUGACUGGUGACAAAUUAUCGGUCCAUUACCUUCCCUUCAACUACUUGGAUGAACAAGUGUUGAAGCAGUUCAAGAGCAUCGAUCCAAACGAUAGAAACGUUAGAAUUGCACUGAGACUGUUACAAACGUCAAAGAAGCACUCCACUGGAGUUAUGGAUGGCUAUCAGAAACGCGUUAACCAUGACUUGGUUGUUUCAAAGACCUCGUUCCAGGAUAGGUACAUCUCGCUGAAGAAGAAGUAUACAAAGUACUUUGUUGACAACUGGGUGGAGUCCACUGACCCUAGGAAACAUGUAUUUGAAGAUAUCGCAAUUGCAGCAUUUCUCAUUGAGCUCUGGUCAAAGAUCUAUAAGGACAAGAACGACUUCGAGUUUAGAGAUUUGGGCUGUGGUAAUGGGCUAUUGGUGAAUAUUUUGUUGAGUGAAGGAUAUAGGGGCUUUGGAAUAGAUGCGAGAUCGAGGAAGUCUUGGAAGAUCUAUUCAGAUGAAGUCCAGUCAAAGCUUAAAGAGCAGGUUAUCAUACCUUCUGUCUUGCUCAAACCACACCCUCAAGUGAAAUCCAUGGCACCGCAUAUAAGCGACAACGGCCGUGUCUUUCAAAUACCGGUGAAUAGUAACAUCAACGAUGAAAUUCCAGUUGUUGCCUAUUACUCAUCAGCUGCUCUCUUACGUUCACAAUCCGUCAAUACUGCACAGUUCCCAAAGAACACAUUCAUCAUUGGAAAUCACUCAGAUGAGCUGACAUGCUGGAUUCCACUCCUGGGUUAUCCUUUCUUGGUGAUACCAUGUUGUUCUCAUGCUCUGAACGGUUCAAGGAUCCGUUAUAAUCCAAUGAGUAGUGGUAGAGCUUCAACUUAUGCAUCGUUGGUAGACCACGUUGAACUUCUCGCAAAGCAGUGUGGUUGGGAAGUUCAAAGAGAAAUGUUGAGAAUACCAAGUACAAGAAACGCUGCAAUCAUUGGAUACAAAAGAGAUGUAAAAGUUUCUAAAGAUAUCUACGAGUUAUUGGCUAUGGAAGGUGGUGCCGAAGGUUGGGUUGAAAAUACAAUGGCAUUGGCCAAAAGACCUCCAAGAAAGCAUUAGAUCAUAUGCAUAUACAAUGUUUUUGUUAAAAAAA